UGCUAAUCACUGAUUAUGAUAUCCUUGAAAGGCGUUUUUCACGAGAUGUUCCCUUUGCCGUUACCGGCGAUAAAUCCUUAGAAGCACAGCGAGGUUUUUCUGAAAAUAUAACCUGCUAGUGCUCACUGAGAAGCCAUUAACAUGGAUGAUAAGGAACCUGACAGGGUCCAAAUAAAUGAUGAUUGGUUUGCAGUUUGCAAGCAAAUGUUCAGAAAUCUAUCAUCGGUUGAAAAAUCUUCAGUGAUCCUCACCCUUAUAGAUAUGUGUGAUACUACGGCUCGAUUCAAUCUUUUAAAGUCCUGCAAUAAAGCUUUACAUUGUGAUAUUUUAGCAUCAAUGCCUCAAAUAGCGCUAGAUAAAAUUCUUGGCAUGCUGGCUGUGUCAGAUAUUUUGAAUGCCUGCAAAGUUAGCCCACAAUGGAACAAAUGUAUCUCCAAUUCCACAUUUGUUUGGAAAAAUAAAUGGAUUGAGCUUGGCAUUGGCAGCUGCAGGGAUCAGAAAGAGUUCAACAAACGAGACUGGAAAGAAGACUGUGUCACAGCGGAAGGGCUUUACUCAAAGAUUGCAGGGAGAAAAGUUCUUGAAUACGAUUUGGACCUGUUUAACGAUUUAGAUUUAUCUAAUAAUUCACACGGUUAUAUAUCUGCUAUGGAUUAUUGUAAUGGCAAUCUAGUCAUAUGUCACAGUGCAGGUGACGAGGGUGGAUCAGUGUUCACUCAGAAAGGGCUUGACUGGAAUUACCUGUGCUCAUUUCCUGUUAAUGAGCAUGGGUACCCUUCCAGUGUACUUCUGCUACCCUCAAACUUAUUAGUAGUGGGGAAUAGCAAUGGAAAAAUUACCAUUUGGCGUCUUUUAAAUAUCAGACCUGGGUGUUGUAAGCAUGAGGUCAAGUUGUUACAUGCCUGUCAUGGCCACACGAGCAUUGUUUUAAGUGUUGAUGCAUGUGAAGAAAUAGGUGUAGCUGUGUCUGGAUCAAGGGACGCUCGCAUGAAGGUUUGGAGCCUCAUGAGUGGCAACUGCCUUAAAACAUUUGAUUAUUCCUCACCAGUACUUCAAGUUUCUUUUUACUGUGGGUCCAAAUCUUUAUUGAAAGACUACAACUUUCUCUUGGUGCAUAGCUCAGAGAAAAUAUUUUUGCAAUCCUGGAAAAAUUACACUAAUUGGCUUCAAAAAAGUGUGCUUGAACAAUGUAUAGUGACAGAUGCAAACAUUUUGCCUGGAGUCCACAUAAAAAAUGAAACACUAUUCUAUUGCUCUGUUACCAUGCCAGACGGUCAGGAACGUACUGAUUUCAACAUCAAACGUCUUAACAUGCCAGCCAUUGUGGGCAAAAGUGGUGAUUCUCUCUGCACCCAUCUCAAAGUGUUUAGUUUUCAAGGCAUAUUUAGAAAGUUAAUGCAAGUUGGAGCUGUCUUUGGAUUAUUAAUAUCAGACGAAAACAUUAUGGCAAUAGAUAUAAGAAGAGGAAGCGUGCUCUUUAAGGAGUAUGUUCCUCAUUCUGUUGCAACAAGCCUGACAUUGCCUCAAGUGACCGUCGGUGCUGGAAAGUGGCUUGAUGGUCUUCUUUAUGUUAAACGGUAUGGAAUGCUUUUAGCUAUUGCUAUCUAUGGGAAAAACCUCACUCUAAUAUCAUGGGCACCGUCCAUACCCGAAUUUCCCUCUAAAGAAGAUUGAUUUUGGAGAGCAAUACAUGCCACACCUAUUCUAGAUUCCUUUCCUCAUACGUAUCUUUAUUAAAAUGAGAAAACACAAGAAAAGUUAUUCAAAUGUCUGUCUUUCUCUCUUCCAGUUUAGUUUAUUAACUUCCUUGAUCCCUCUAGCGGGACACUAAAUAUAAGUUCACGAUACAACUGAGUUAAUUUUUGAGUAAAUGUAUUGACUGUCAAAACAUAAAUUUUGUGCUUCACUGAAUGCGGCCAAGUUACCAUUUACAGUAUUCAAGUAUAGAGCAAAUAAGCAAUAAAUAGAAUUAGCUAUUCCUAAUGUGCUUCCUCAUGAAAAUUCCUGGAACUUUUAUAUGAAUUAUGAGUCCACAUCCAUUUAUUUGUCUUCCCUCUCUUUUCUGCAACACUUUGAAUCACCAGGCCUGCAUUUAUUUUCGAAAUACAUAAAAGGGGAUGUCGCAUUA